GAAAUGUGUGACAAAAAGAAAAAGUUGAGCAAAUAAAAACCAAUUAAAAUUGACCCUGAAUAGUGAAAAAAGAUUAAGAAGAUGAAAUUGAAAUAGUUUUUUUGAAUAAAUAUCAUUUAUUGCUGCACUGCAUGUCGUCUGAGCUUAAUUAGCCAUAUCAAAUGUUCGAGAAUUGAAGAGACGAAUUUAAAGGCAUAAGAAAAUAUAAACUCAAAUGUGAGAGAUGGAGAAGAAGGAACGUAGAAUAUCUCAAACUAACUUAAAGAGAAAGAGAGCGACUCUACAGCCGAAAAGAAGCAUAAAUUCGAAAACUGUUGGAGAGCAGCAACAACAGCUGCUACCAUUGAGGAGGCUUCAUAUCAGUGAUGAUGAAUCGACGGAAGAGGAAUUUGCAAAACAAUUUACGCAACAACAAAAUGCAUCAAAAUUCCACUCAAAAAGUAGAACAAUGCCGAGACUCAAUAAUAAUGCCUUACAAAAUCCAAGAAACACGACACAAUUGUCAACUUUUCAGCACCAAAUACAAAUUAUACAGCCACAGUUGAUUGAUGCACAUUUGCCACAAAUAAAUCAACCGAAGAAAAUUCCUCCAAAACCACCAUUGAGGAAGCAAAUCCGACAUGAUCCGGAAGGAAUUCAACAAGUUCAGUCAGUUACGGCUGAAUUUCAUGAGAAGAAAACUUUUCAGUUGGCGGUUGUUCAACAAACCCAUAAAUUGGCACUACGUGAAGUUCCAAAGCCACCAAUAAAUUUUAAUCAUCAACUGAACCAACAGCAGCAGCAGCCGCACUUGUUGCAUCAAACUCAAUCAUCUUUGUCCUCAAUGACUUCAUCGACUACUUCUCAUUUUCCUAAUAUUUUAAGUUUUGGCACACAAAAUUUCCAUUUGCGACAUCAACAAAUGGCACCAAAUCCACAAUAUUUGCAGCCACAACAAGAACAACAUAAAAUGAGCAGCAACAUGCCAAGAAUGAAUGUUAUGAGAAAUCAGCAGCGACAAGUGCAAAGUCAUGCACAGUCAAAUGGCAUGAUUGUGGCAAAUUACAGCAGUUCUGUGUACGAACGAAGUGAUCCGGAGAAUCACAUUUAUGAGAUGAUUGAUGAAUCUGAGGCAAAUGGUCAGCAGAAGAAAAAGGCAAUAAAUACUGAUGAGGAAAUGACGAAGAAGCCCGAACACGAUGGAAAUGAUUUGUUCCAAAAUUUGUUACGUACGGAAAUGCUGAAUCAGCUGCAGUUAUGCAAAAGUAACAAUUUAAAGGGAAAUAAUGGAUUCUUGAGUCAUUUAACACACGAAAAGCGGAUGGACAUCAUUCAGGAAACAGCACUGGCACUGGCCUCGUCAGCUUAUGUUGAAAAAGCUGCUCAACGUAUGGUGUCAGCAGCGAAUGGCACCAAAAGUACUCGAUAUCAUGGAGCAGAACGAGGUGGAUUUUGUGGAUCCAUUCAACGUUCGCCACCUCCAAUGCCAGCAUCACUCGCACGUCGCAUGACGAACAAAGAAAGUUUGGGAUUCGGAAGGGUGAAAGUGAUGCUACGUGUAUCCGACAAUCCACCCACAGAUGGUGAGAAGAGUGUCAGUUAUUUAUCGAUCGAUAAAAAGAAGCGACAAGUUACAUUGAGUGAGCCGACAAAUGCUCAAAAUGUGACGGGACAGAAUCAAUCGUCGAGUAGUAUUGCCGCUCAGGAUCGUGGACCGAUGGUGUCGGCACCGAAAAUGUUUGCUUUUGAUGCUUUACAUACGAAUGAUGAUACUCAGCUUGAUGUGUGCGCUUCAGCCUUGUCAGAAGUUAUUCCUGCAGUUUUAGAUGGUAGUGAUGGGUGUUUACUUUCGAUUGGAUAUCCAGGCGCAGGUCAAAAUCGUACGAUGUUGGGAUCUGUGGCAACCACAAGUGAUUUAGGUGCUAUUCCAUGUGCUAUUUCAUGGCUUUAUAAAGGUAUCAACGAGAAACGUCAAAAGUCAGGUGCACGAUUUUCCGUACGUGUCAGUGCUUUAGGCAUUAAUGCUACUAAACCCGGUACGAGUGCGAAGGAUUUGCUGGCCAGUUUAGCGACAGAAUCUGAUGAGUCCCCGGGGAUUUAUUUAAGGGAUGACUACUUGGGCGGUCCGACCGAAUUACGUGCACCAACUGCUGAACGAGCGGCAUUGUUUUUGGACGCUGCAUUGGCUGGACGAACAAGUAGUAUUUAUGAGCCAGCAUUAAUAUUCACCCUACACGUUUAUCAAUAUUCACUGGGUGCGGGAAAAGGUGGUGUUGCUGGUGGAAGGAGUCGACUACAUCUCAUUGAUCUGGGUGGAUGUGCAAAUCGAUGCGGUGGACUGCCAUUAUCAGCAGUUGGGAAUGUUGUCUUGUCGAUAUUGAGUGGACAGAGACAUCCACCUAAUCGAGAACAUCCUUUAACGCCUUUACUGAAAGACUGUUUAGCACCAUUAACAUGUCACGUAGCAAUUAUUGCACAUGUAGGACACACACAGACUCAUGCUGACGCAUUAACAACCAUCCAAUUAGCAUCUCGAAUUCAUCGCCUACGUAGAAGAAAGCAUAGAUUUCCUAUAUCGGGUGAUAAGAGUGGAAGCGGAAAUACACAAUCGGGAAGCUCAAGUGGUCCGGAUCCAUCAAGUUCCGAUUUUUCGGCUGAUACAGUAAUUUAUUGUGGUCCAUCAUUAGAUGAUGCAACCGAUAAUGAACAUCCGCCCGUCUUCCUUCCUAAUCUUAACUCAGGAGAUAAUCGAUGUGCCAUGAAUAAAGUUCUGAGAGGAUCAGCUGUUGAGAAAAAUGCGAUAACGAAGUCACCUGUAAAGAAGCCAAAUAUUCAGAAACCAACUCAACAAAUUUCAUUAUCAUCUCACCAAAAAAGCGAUAGUCUUAAAAGAAAUCAAGCAAAACAUCUCAAUGAGGCUGCUGCUGUUCAAUCACCAACAGAUCAUACAAUUUAUGCUCAAGUCGUGCCCUCAGGAUCACCAAUAAUCGUAGCUGGUGCUCUAAAACACACAAGUGUAAGUAAAUCAUCGAAUUUUCCAACACCAAAAAGUUCACCAAUGAAACGGAACCCAACAACGACUGGACAAGAAGCAACAACAAGUCGACUAGCUGAAGAGAGAUGGAUUGACGGUCCAAAAGUGUCAAAAUACAGGGUAGCUGAGGCACGACAUCUAAUGAGGGAAAUUAAUCAUUUAAAAAAUUUUGAAACUUGGAUUGAUGGACCGAAUUUAAAAGCAAGUCCACAACUUGUAAAUGCGAUAGCCCAAAGUGGUGCAGCUGGGUACGGAUUUAUGGAUAGUCAUAAAAAGAAAAUGAUUAGACAAUGGGUUGAGAAUCAGACAUGCCAAAUUUUACAUCAAAUCGAUACAGUCACUACGAAUCCUGUACAAUAUCACACAUACUAUAAAGCACAAUCACAGAAUCAACAGCAACAAGUAAAGUCUGACAUUAGCGUUCCACGGAAUGACGAUGAUCAUAGUUCAAUAGGUUCCAAAAAUGAUGAAUUUGUUAAUCCGUUAAGUUUAGGUCUCAAUUUACCAGCAACAGUCAAUCCAAAUUUCUCUGAAAGUUCCAUAAAGACUGGCUUGAAGCAACAACUCACAAAUGAGUAUGAUCAAGAUAUUCAUUCGGAGAAAUCAGCAUCAAAUAUUAGUGAAAAUAGACAAUUAUUUACGAGUAGUGCAGCAGUUGGAUGCUCAGCAGAUAUGGAGGAAGAGGACCAAGAUAGUGGACCAUCGGAAGUGCCACCUGCGUUGCCAUUGAUUGAGCCACUUGGAUCAAGAGAGGUAUCACGGCAUGUGUCGAGAGAAAGUUUGUGUCAAAAUGUUUUGAUGAUGGAUUGUGCACUGCAGGUGACGGAAGAUGAUAUUGCGAGGGCAAUGGGAGGUGAGCACCCUUUAUCUGCACUUAGUAAUGGUGACAUCUCGGUCGUUUCGAGUUUUAAUGUUGGCGAUACAUUCAGUGAAUGCAUCAUUGGUGAUUCUACAAGAAACCAAAUGGACCAGCUAGCACGUCUGCGUGAACUAUUCAACUCUCAAUUAGCCAUGGCUGAAGUAAUUCCUGCAUUUCGUAUUGAUUCAGGAAGUGUAUAUAGUGAGCCAGCAUAUCGUUUUAAUUGCGGUCCAGGUAGUGUUUGUAGUGAGCCAGUUUAUAGAGCCCCAAGUCCCCGAUGUCGUGACUGUAGACAAUCAAUAAGUAGAACUCCAAGUCAAACAUCCCUUCCGAGCUUAAAUGGAAUUGUAGCUAUUGCUGGUAUGGAGCCAUAUGCUUCACUACGUCAUCCUGAUGGUGCUUCAGAUCCGAAUAUUAAAAAGUCAUUAGAGAACUGCGAUGUGGAUGAGAAAGCUGAAAUUCAUAUCAAAGAGAAUCCAUUGGCGGAUUUAUGCGAGACUGAUUUGAUUGAUAAGAAAAAUGCUCCAAUAUUAAGUAUCAAUAAUAAUAAUAAUAUCAUUCAUACCAAACAUCCACUUCCACAUCUACCAUUACUGCCACUCUCAACACCCGAAUACGACAGCGGACAUGAUUCAACGCCUCGAGCAUCAAAGCAUUCAGGUAUAUCACGUCGUGCUGAGAGCGGAUAUCAUUCUGUCGCAACCGUACGAGAUAGUGAUGAAUCGAGUUUCAGUUCAUCGGCAUCACGUCCAAAUAACAAUAGUAAUAGUAAGAAUAAUGAAAGCACAAAGAAUGAAAAGUCAUCAUCGUCCGGAAAGAAGAAGAAUCGACAAGACAAAUCAUUGUGUCAAUGGUUGAGAAAUCCAUUCACAUGUACGUAUCCUGACACGGAGGGUGAUGUGAGUGAUUUCUAAAAUGUAGGAAAUAAUAAUAAUGAGAAAAAAAUGGUUUUUCGUUUUGUCAAGUUUUUUUUGAUUGUUUGUUAUAUGAAAUGAAUAAUUUUGAUGGAAAGGAAAUGAGCUUUUUUUGGGUUUGGGAAUUUUAAAGGAUGAGAGGAUGAGUGUGGGAAAAAUUAGCAGAACUUAACAAAGAAAAUUAAGUUCACAAUUAUUUCAGGUCGAAAAUAUUCUAAAUUGAGAUUAUUAAAGUUGAAGCAAAUCGUUUAAAAGGUCGUUCCAAUAUGACGUUCAUCAAAAAACGUAAUUUUUAAACUCCCGUUCCCCCUGUAACACUAAACUGUUACAGAUUUGAACCCCCCCGCCCCCCCCCCUCCUUUGUGACUUUUGUCCAAUCAAAAGGUUAAAAAAAUUUCUAAGUUCUUCGUUGAAAAAUUGGGUGUCACGAAUUUCCUGACCCCUGUACCUCCCCUGUCACAGUGUGUUACAAAUUUUUAACCCCCCCCCCCCCCCACCCCAAAAUGUUGGACAUCAUAAGGGGCCGUUCACUUAUGACGUCCAGGGGGGGAUCAGCAAGAAAAGAACAAUAAAAAUUUCAGGAAAUCUAGUAUUUUUUUUUGAAAUAUGACCGUUAAUUUCGGACGUCAUAAGUGAACGACCCCUAAGUGAACGUUCUUAAAAGUUCAAAUCCUAAUAAUGUUAUGGAAAAUUUUAAUAUGAUUUUUUUUUAACAUUGAAGAAGCAAUGUUUACAUCAUCCAUGGACGUAGCCAAAUAAACUUUUAAAUGUGAGAGGGGGGGUGGAAGAAUUCGAUUAUUUCGUCAAAAACCUCUAGAAAAUU